CAGGGCGUAUGCGUGCGAAUGCGCCUUGGCUUUCGGUGUAAAGAUGGCGGAACGCGGUUACAGCUUUUCGCUGACUACAUUCAGCCCAUCUGGUAAACUUGUCCAGAUUGAAUACGCUUUGGCUGCUGUAGCUGGAGGAGCCCCUUCAGUGGGAAUUAAAGCUGCAAAUGGUGUUGUGUUGGCAACUGAGAAGAAACAGAAGUCCAUUCUAUAUGAUGAGCGAAGUGUACACAAAGUAGAACCAAUUACCAAACAUAUAGGUUUGGUGUAUAGUGGCAUGGGCCCAGAUUACAGAGUACUUGUGCACAGAGCUCGGAAACUAGCUCAGCAGUAUUACCUUGUUUACCAAGAACCCAUUCCCACAGCUCAACUAGUACAGAGAGUAGCUUCUGUGAUGCAAGAAUACACCCAGUCAGGUGGUGUUCGUCCAUUUGGAGUCUCUUUACUUAUUUGUGGUUGGAAUGAAGGACGGCCAUAUUUAUUUCAGUCAGAUCCAUCUGGUGCUUACUUUGCCUGGAAAGCCACAGCAAUGGGAAAGAACUAUGUGAAUGGGAAAACUUUCCUGGAGAAAAGAUAUAAUGAAGAUCUGGAACUUGAAGAUGCCAUUCAUACAGCCAUCUUAACCCUAAAGGAAAGCUUUGAAGGGCAAAUGACAGAAGAUAAUAUAGAAGUUGGAAUCUGCAAUGAAGCUGGAUUUAGGAGACUUUCUCCAACUGAAGUUAAGGAUUACUUGGCUGCCAUAGCGUAAUAAUGAAGUGACUGAAUAGUAUGGAAUUUCAGAUGAUCUAUGUACUUAAACAUGUUUAAAGUAUGUUUUGUUUUGCAGACUUUUUGCAUACUUAUUUCUACAUGGUUUAAUGGACUGAUGUUUUUAAAAUGACACUUAUAAAUCACAAUAAACUGUUAAACCCAA